ACAACUCCUUCUCCAGUCUACAAGGUUCUGAAAAUACAGACACCCCCACAGUCUAAGAACAGCUGGAUGACCUCUGGACCCACUUGCCCCCGUUCACCAGUUGAAAAGAUAGGCUUUUUUAAAAAUUCUUCAAUUGUUAAUUCUGCACAAAGUGAUACACAAAACAUUGUAUGUAUUCCAUUUCAACAAACACAAACAUGAAAUGUAUAUUUAAAUACAUGACUUAAUGCAAAUCGCUCAUACUAAACAUCAUCUCUUUUUUUUAAAACCAACCAUUGCACACGCUUCCAUCCAAGGAGAGGUUACAUCUUGAUGGUAACUUUUUAGAUUAACAAAACUUUUGUGAGAUUUGUAAUUGUUGUUUCUGGGGAGGGGGCAGAGAGGGUAAGUCUAAACAUUGCAUGCAAGAGACCAACACCGGCGUCAUAUGAAAUUAUGUAAAAACAAAGAGGAAAGAAAAGAUAAGUCUAAAACUAAAAAGUGGUCUUCCUCGUCUCGCAUGGUCUCAGUAGCAGUCGCAGGUUCGCAUGGUCUCAGUGGCAGUCGCCGGUUCGCAUGGUCUCAGUGGCAGUCGCCGGUUCGCAUGGUCUCAGUGGCAGUCGCAGGUUCACAUGGUCUCAGCGACAAAGUUACCGGUUCAUAUGGUCUCAGCGAGAAAGUUACCGGUUCACAUGGUCUCAGCGGCAGAGUUACCGAUUCACAUGGUCUCAGCGGCAAAGUUACCGGUUCACAUGGUCUCAUCGACAGAGUCAUCGGUUCACAUGGUCUCAGCAGCAGAGUUACCGGUUCACAUGGUCUCAGCGACAGAGUCACCAGUUCGCAUGGUCUCUCAGCGGCAGAGUCGCCGGUUCGCAUGGUCUCAGCAGCAGAGUUACUGGUUCACAUGGUCUCAGCGGCAGAGUCGCCGGUUCACACGGUCUCAGCGGCAGAGUCGCCAGUUCACACGGUCUCAGCGAGAAAGUUACUGGUUCACAUGGUCUCAGCAGCAGAGUUACCGGUUCACAUGGUCUCAGCGGCAAAGUUACCGGUUCACAUGGUCUCAGCGGCAAAGUUACUGGUUCACAUGGUCUCAGCGGCAGAGUCACCGGUUCGCAUGGUCUCUCAGCGGCAGAGUUACUGGUUCACAUGGUCUCAGCGACAAAGUUACCGGUUCACAUGGUCUCAGCGAGAAAGUUACCGGUUCACAUGGUCUCAGCGGCAGAGUCACUGGUUCACAUGGUCUCAGCGGCAGAGUUACUGGUUCACAUGGUCUCAGCGGCAGAGUUACUGGUUCACAUGGUCUCAGCGACAAAGUUACUGGUUCACAUGGUCUCAGCGAGAAAGUUACCGGUUCACAUGGUCUCAGCGGCAGUGUUACCGGUUCACAUGGUCUCAGCGGCAAAGUCACCGGUUCACAUGGUCUCUCAGUGGCAGUCGCCGGUUCGCAUGGUCUCAGUGGCAGUCGCAGGUUCGCAUGGUCUCAGUGGCAGUCGCAGGUUCACAUGGUCUCAGCGGCAGAGUUAUUAGUUUGCAUGGUCUCAGCGGCAGAGUUACUGGUUCACAUGGUCUCAGCGGCAGAGUUACUGGUUCACAUGGUCUCAGCGGCAGAGUUAUUAGUUUGCAUGGUCUCAGCGGCAGAGUUACUGGUUCACAUGGUCUCAGCGGCAGAGUUACUGGUUCACAUGGUCUCAGCGACAGAGUCACCGGUUCGCAUGGGCUCAGUGGCAGUCGCAGGUUCGCAUGGUCUCAGUGGCAGUCGCCGGUUCGCAUGGUCCCAGUGGCAGUCGCAGGUUCGCAUGGUCUCAGUGGCAGUCGCCGGUUCACAUGGUCUCAGCGGCAGAGUUACUGGUUCACAUGGUCUCAGAAUCCACAAACAGCUGGUGAUUCACAAAUGGCCGCCCUCCUCAACAGUAGGUGGCAGUGUUGUUAUAUGCAUUGAUGGAGCCAUUGUUUGGACUCUGCUUAAGGUGGACUUACACUUAACUUUCCAUUUUGCAUAAAGCCAUGGUACAUAAGUAAAAAUAUUUUUCCUUGCCCUACAUUACAUUAGCACCUAUACCGUGAAAAUAAAAUGAAAACAAUAACACUAUCGCGACUGUGCUGUUUGGUUAAAUGUUCAAUUACCCUGCGCGAAAGGAAAGAGAUCUGCUCCAAGAGACAGUUCAGACAGGGAUGCCAGCAACGUUUUUCAAUUAAUUUCAGUUGGGGUGGUACGUUUCUGCGUCCGGCGUCCCCGUCCCUGUCUAAAGCGUCUUUUGGAGCAGGCCAUGUUGUCAUAACUCAGUCAGUCAGUACGUUUACAUGCACAGCUUACUGGAGCUAUGCUCACAAUGUCUCUUUCCUCUCUGCUCUGGUGGAAUUCAAUUCUUGAAAUUUGAAAAACUUAAAAACAUUUUCACCCUUUUAUUUUUUUUAACUUUUAUUCACAAAAGUUUUUUUAAAGCAUCAUUCAGAAACUAAGAGGGGAAGUUUAUUUUUAUUACAUAAUUGCAGUGUAUGUUUUGUAAAAAAAAAAAAAAGAAGAAGAAAAUAAAGAAGAAGCCGUUUUUGGUUAUUUGAAGCUGAUAUACUAAAAGUCCACAUUGAUCAUCACACUCUACAUCUUUGUGUUUGGAUGAUUUAUGAAUUGAUUUUAAGCACCAGGACCAGUCAGGAGGGCUUCCUUCAUCUCCGGCUGGUAAAUCUCAUCAUCUCCGGCGUCCU